GUGUAUACUGACGUAUUGUUUAUGAUGGCAUCUGAGGCUCAGAAGACUUAUGCCCUAUUCCAGUCUUGUAGCACUGACUCUCUUAUUUCCAGCUUUGGUCUGGGGAUAUUUUGCUUAGUAGCUGACAGACUUCUUCAGUUUUCCAUAAUUCAGCAAAAUGACUGGCUCCGUGCCCUCUCAGAUAAUGCAGUACAUUGUGUAAUUGGGAUGUGGUCAUGGGCAAUAGUUACUGGAACCAAGAAGAAGACUGACUUUGGAGAAGUAAUUUUAGCUGGAUUUUUGGCUUCUGUUAUCGAUGUAGAUCACUUUUUUCUUGCUAGAUCCUUAUCUUUAAAGGCUGCUUUGUCUCUUCCACGAAGACCUUUCCUUCACUGUUCCACAGUGAUACCUAUUGUGGCUCUGACCCUGAAGUUUACUAUGCAUCUUUUCAAGCUCAAAGACUCAUGGUACUUUCUUCCCUGGAUGCUAUUUAUAUCUUGGACCUCACACCACAUUCGAGAUGGAAUUCGUCAUGGCUUAUGGAUAUGUCCAUUUGGAAAAACUUCUCCUGUGCCAUUCUGGCUUUAUGUAGUAACCACAUCAUCUUUACCUCACGUCUGUUCAUUCAUUAUGUAUCUAACAGGGACCAGACAAACGAUAUCUUCAAAACAUGGAAUUCGUCUUGAUGUCUGAAGUAACUAUAUGACUCUUGGAGAAGCACUUGGUUCAGAUGAUGAUAAUGAAGGGUAGACAUAUUAAAACAAAUUUUUAAAAUCAAAGUUGGAUACUUAUCCUUUUUAAUUUUUAUGAUUCCGGAUUCCUCUUGGCUCAGGAAACAUGUAUACUUUUAAAAUUAUACUCAUCAUACAUCUGCUUCUCUUUUAUGUCCCUCUAGUACAAUGUUAGACUUUCAUUUAUUCCAUGAUAUAUUUUCACUACUGUUUGUGUUUACCUGGCAUUACUAAUAGUUUUGUUAGAUUAGCAUCCAAUUAGUUGUGUGGGAAUAAACCUGUAAGUCCAUUUCAUAAGCUCAAAUUUUAGUAUGGAUAAUUAGCAUUAUACUUGUAUCCACAUUUUCCUGAGAUACUGAAACAGUGAAAUGGCCAAAAUAAUUGAGAUUAUGAAUAAGAUGUAUAGUAAGGACUAACAUGUAUUUGUUUAAUUUAUAUUGAUCCUGACUGAAUAUAAUUUGCAAAGUACUUCAUGGGUUACUGACAAAAUCUGCCUCAGAGCACUUGCAAAAUAUAUUCAUAAAAGACUAUAACUAACAGUUCUAGAUUAUGAUUACAAAAAUCAAUUUAGGAAAUUUUUAUAACAUGUUUGCUGUAGUUAAUUUCACUAAAGUUGUAUUUUUUAAGGAUCUUUACCCAAGAAUCUCAUGUUGGUGUUUUAAACAACUAAAUUUAACAAAAUAUGUGUUAUAAAUAGCAUUAACAAAAUAUUGAUACUUGAAUUUGAAUUC